CCCUAUGGACAGCUGCUGACAUCGCAUCCCAUUGACCAAACGUGUCGCUGUUGUCUCCUUUCCUGCACUGUGGUUUAAAACCAUCCGAAAAAGAGGACUAAAUAUGGCAUUUACCUCCCAAGGCACAAAGAAAAAAGUUUGCUACUACUAUGAUGGUGAUGUCGGAAAUUACUACUAUGGUCAGGGCCAUCCCAUGAAGCCUCACCGAAUCCGCAUGACGCACAACCUACUGCUCAACUAUGGCCUCUACAGAAAGAUGGAGAUAUAUCGUCCACACAAAGCCAGCGGAGAGGAGAUGACCAAGUAUCACAGUGAUGAUUACAUCAGGUUCUUGCGCUCGAUCAGGCCGGACAACAUGUCAGAAUACAGCAAACAGAUGCAGAGAUUUAAUGUGGGUGAGGACUGUCCGGUCUUUGAUGGCUUGUUCGAGUUCUGCCAGCUCUCAGCAGGGGGAUCCGUCGCGGGUGCUGUGAAGCUGAACAAACAGCAGACAGACAUCGCCAUCAACUGGGCCGGAGGGCUUCAUCACGCCAAGAAGUCGGAAGCCUCUGGGUUUUGCUACGUCAACGACAUUGUACUGGCCAUCCUGGAGUUACUGAAAUACCACCAGAGGGUUCUGUACAUCGAUAUUGACAUCCAUCAUGGAGAUGGUGUGGAGGAGGCUUUUUACACAACGGACCGUGUCAUGACCGUGUCCUUCCACAAGUAUGGAGAGUACUUCCCAGGCACUGGUGACCUCAGGGACAUUGGUGCUGGAAAGGGUAAAUAUUAUGCUGUAAAUUAUCCACUGAGAGAUGGGAUUGACGAUGAAUCAUAUGAAGCCAUUUUCAAACCUAUCAUGGCGAAGGUGAUGGAGAUGUAUCAGCCCAGUGCAGUGGUCCUCCAGUGUGGAGCUGACUCUCUGUCAGGGGACAGACUGGGCUGUUUCAACCUCACCAUUAAAGGCCAUGCCAAGUGUGUGGAGUACAUAAAGAGCUUCAACCUGCCGUUGCUGAUGCUUGGAGGAGGCGGCUAUACCAUCCGUAAUGUGGCACGUUGCUGGACAUUCGAGACUGCCGUGGCCCUUGAUAGCUCCAUACCCAACGAGCUUCCAUACAAUGACUACUUUGAGUACUUUGGACCAGACUUCAAGUUGCACAUCAGCCCCUCCAACAUGACCAAUCAGAACACAAACGACUACCUGGAGAAGAUCAAGCAGCGGUUAUUUGAGAACCUGCGAAUGUUGCCUCAUGCCCCGGGAGUCCAGAUGCAAGCCAUCCCAGAAGACGCUGUGCAGGAGGACAGUGGCGACGAAGACGAGGAUCCAAACAAGCGCAUAUCUAUCCGUGCUCACGACAAAAGGAUAGCGUGUGAGGAAGAGUUUUCGGAUUCGGAGGACGAAGGUGAAGGAAGUCGCAGAAAUACAGCCAGCUACAAGAAAACCAAAAGGACCAAAACUGAAGGAGAGAAGGAGGCAGAAGAGAAGAAGAAAGGUACCGAGGAAACAAAAGAAGUAAAAGAAGAAGAGAAGGUACCAGAGGAGGAUAAAAUGGACACAUCAAAGCCAAAUGAGGAGCCCAAGACACCUUGAGGUCCUAAGCUCCCAGUGAUGCCAGUACACCAGAUCAGAACUGAUCUUAAAGUGAGGUUUUUUUUUAUAAAUUAUCUCUUUGGACUGUUGCAGUAAAGGUUGUCAAAUUACUUAUGUUUUAAGACAGUGAAUGGAGAUCAAAAAGGUAAUUGCUUGUUUUUUAAGCGAAUCUUUGCAACUUGGCUGUUUUUGGACAGAAAUGUCUUUUGAAUAUUUUUGUAUGUUUUUUUAUUUUUUAUUUACUGUAUUUGCUUUGCCCAUUAUGAAAACAUCUAUAAAAAUGACUCGGCUUGUCUCCA